UUCCAAUCAACACAAUCUCAAACACAAGAACCUCUCAACCAUCCACCAUGCGCUUCUCCACACUCUUCGCCGCCGCCGCUACCCUCGCUGCCGCCGUAACCGGCAUGGCUAUCGAAGAGCGCGACGUAGUCAUCUCGGACGAGAUCACUCUCGGGCUUCUCCGUGCCUACCAGGACUUCGACGGAGACGAGAGCCUCCAGAAGCGUGGCUGUGGAUUCGACAACUGCCAGCUGUGCUACGACAGAUACCCGUACUGCCACAUGAACAACCUCCCCAGCACCAUCAACUGUCUCGCUCGUUGCAGCAAAUGCCCCGGCAAGUGCUAAACUGGCCGUGGACUUGGAGGGCAAAGUAGCCAAUUGUCCGAGAACAUGUUUAAAAGACUGCGAUAACCGACACUGACAACCGACUCUUCAAGACCAAUGACCACGAAGCAAAUUCAUCACGUAAAGUGAGGGGAACUGGGGCAAUUUCCAAGUUGCGGUGUGGGCUUCUUUUCGCAUGUUUUUCACAAUACUCUACAUAGACCAACAUACUUUGCUUUGCUGCUUAUGUG